CUCUCUCCCUCUCUCCCUCUCUCGUCCGGUCUUAUCAUGACUGCCUUUCUCCACCGGCCGGCCGAACUCUGAUAAGCGUUUCCCGCCGUAUGCCCGUCUAUCGAAUCGGUUGGGGUCUUUGACCCCAAUGAUAAGAGGUAUUGGUUUCCCACUGAAGAAUGUCCGCGGGGUCUAUCGGGUCUAUCAGUGGAGGGGAGAGGGCCGGCCAUUGAGUGAAGCAGAGUUGAUUCCAUGGUCUGCCAACCUACCUACCUACCUUUGCCUUUUGCCACAAGUGAGCGUCCGAUGCAACGUUUCCUGAGCAACAGCAAGGCCGAAAUAGAAUAUUACCCAGCGUGCGGUGUUACCGGGGAAAGCAUUUCAUUUUCUGUCUCCCUCCGCGAGCAGGAUUCAUUAAGACAAAAGCCCCCCCGUCCCAUCUCCUUGUUGGUCAUCCCCGGAGCCAUGAAGAAGACUCCCAGGCCUUGCACCACGAACCUAUCAACUCUUCGUCUGUCGUCAUCAUCAUGAGUCUCGGCGAGGUCGCCCGGUCGCUGCGGCUGCCCGACAGCGACGUGGCCGAGUCCAACGUCUGGAUCAACGACGACAUCCGGCCCAUGCCCCCGAGCCGCCGCCGCUGGACGACGUCGACCUUUAUCUCCUUUUGGUUGACGAACCAAGUGGCCAUCUCCAACUGGCAGCUGGGCGCUUCUCUCGUGGCGGUCGGCCUCUCGGUCUGGCAGAGCGUCAUCGCCAUCAUCAUCGGCAAGAUCAUCAUCGCCCUCGUUGCCAUCGCCAACGGCAUGGUCGGCGCCGAGUGGCACAUUGGCUUCCCCGUCGUCUCCCGUUACAUCUGGGGCGUCUACGGACAGUACCUCAUCCUGAUCCAGAGGAUCUUCCUCAGCCUGGUCUGGUUCGCCGUGCAAUCGUGGACCGGUGGCUUGACGGUGGUCAACUGUCUGUCCGCCAUCUUCCCGUCCUUCGAGUCUCUGGGCAACGUCUUCCCCGAGUCUUCCCACCUGACGACAAAAGACUUCAUCGGCUGGAUCAUCUUCAACAUCCUCCUCAUCCCCAUCCUCUACAUCAGACCGGAACGCAUCCAGAAGGUGCUCCUCGCCUUCAACAUCAUCUCCUCCGUCACCCUCAUCUCCAUCAUGAUCUGGGCCCUCGCCACCGCAGGCGAACCCGGCUCGCUCGUCCGGCAGGGGUCCAAGUCCAUGUCCUCCAGCGAGCUCGGCUGGCAGAUCGUCCACGGCAUCACCACCGUCAUCGGCAGCAUCGCCGUCGGCCUCACCAACCAGCCCGACUACUGCCGCUUCGCCCGCCGUCCCGGCGACCAGAUCUUCGGCCAGUGGUUCAGCAUCAUCUUCUUCGGCGCCGUCUUCCCGACCUUUGGCUGCCUCGCCGCUUCCGCCACCGGCGUCAUCUACGGCCAGCCCAUCUGGAACCCGCCCCUGAUCGUCCAGGCCUGGCUCGAUACCGACUACAACGCCAAGAGCCGCGCCGGCGCCUUCUUCGCCGGCCUCGGCCUCCUCUGCAUCCAGCUCAGCAUCAACUCGAUCGACAACGCCUUCUCCGCCGGCAUGGACCUCGCCGGCCUGUUCUGCCGCUACGUCAACAUCCGCCGCGGCGCCUACGUCGGCCUCGUGCUGAGCAUCGCCCUCUGCCCGUGGGAGCUCCUCUCGUCCGCCAGCGUCUUCAUCAGCGUCCUGUCGGCCUACAGCGUCUUCUUGGGCCCCGUCAUCGGCAUCCAGAUCUGCGACUACUUCGUCAUCCGCCGCCGCAGGAUCAAGCUGUCCGACCUGUACCACCCGCGACCCGACGGCUCGUUCUACUACUGGAGGGGCUUCAACCCGCGCGCCUUCGUCGCCUGGGUCUGCGGCUUCGCGACGCAGCUUCCCGGGUUCGCGGCGAGCGUCACGCCCGACAGCGUCAAGGUCGGCGCGGCGUGGAUCAACCUGUACUACCUCGCCUUUCCUCUCGGCUUCGCCAUCUCGUUCCUGCUGCACCUGGGUCUCAACACGGUCUGGCCGCCCCAAGAGGCCGGUGCGGUUGACGAGGUGGACUACUAUGCGACCUUUACCAAUACCGAGGCGAGAAAGUUGGGGGUCCUGCCGCUGGGGUCGGAGAUUAUUGAGGGCCCGCAAAAGGGGAUUGAUACGAGGACCGCUGAGAAAGGUCCUCGGAUAUGGCUCAGGUCCCUGUUGAAAUGAGUGUUUGUAGGGUUCGGUCUUAGAUACUGAGCCAUCUUUGUUGCUUCAACGUUGCGUUGCCAAUUUUAUGUAUCUUGAUACCAUUGAGGUAGCAUAACUUAUUGGGACAUGCUGAAUUAGUCUUGCCUGUACUAGAGGUGAGGCCGAGUUCAAGCUCAAGGCCCUCUCUUUGCUGCCAUGAAGUUUCAAGAUAAUGUUGUGCACUUGCUAAAGCCCUG